AGUUACAACAGCGCACCGACGCAUCCGCACCGACCUCAUCGUCGCCGCCAGCGUCGGCACGCGCAACGCACGCAGGCCAUGCUGUCCUCGCUGUGCGCACCCGCGUCGGCGGCCAUUCUGGGGACAUGGCCCGUGCGUCCCUGAGAUCACUUCGCAUGGAUGACAUAAGCAACGCCCGUUGGUUCGUCUCGCAGCCUGAGUCUGCUCUCCGCCGUCUUCCCCCUCCCUGCCUCGCCCCCGCCCGCCCUCGCCACUCGCCCUCAGUCGGACCUACCGACGCAGCACCCCAUGAUGGCUCAGCAGCCACCACAGACGGUCAUUCCGCCAGAAAUGAUGCAGGCGGGCGCACCCAUGCAACACCCGUCGUACUACCCCGAGAACCAGGGCGACAUUACGGGAGGCCUGCCGCUCAACCUCGAUUCGCUGCGCGACGGUCCGCCAGGGAGCAAGCCGUUCUACCCAUAUUCGACCCUCAUACGCUACGCGAUUAAGGGCUCGCCAAAUCAGAAGCUCUUGCUAGAGGAUAUCUACUAUGCCAUCGAGUCGAGAUUUCCAUACUUCAGAUCAGCGCCGCCAGGAUGGAAGAACUCCGUCCGCCACAACCUGUCUCUCAACCCAUGCUUCGAGAAAGUGCCUCGGCCGCUGACCGACCGCGGCAAGGGCUCGUACUGGAUAGUCAACGACAACGUCGACCCCCGGACUGGAGUCCACCGCGUGCGAAAGAAGAAGGGGGGCAAGGGCAAGGGCCGGUCACAUCGUGUCGACGAGGAGGACAUUGACUACCAUCCAUCGGAGGAGGCCGCGUUCAGUGACCCAGCCUUCGCCGCCCAGCCUAUGCGUCCCGUUGAGGCUGGGCCAAGCACAACACCUCCUCUACCACCUCCCCCGUCGAACGCCCCGUUCGUCCAACACCAAUAUGGCUUCGACCCUAACUUUGGGUUGUUGCCGCCUCCACCACCUGGUGGCAUUCGCUACCCACCCAUGCCGCCGCUUUUCACGCCCGACGAACGCUUCGAGCUUGAUGAGCAUGGGAACGUGAACUGGCAGGCUGCAUGGCUGAAGGAGCUCACAAGCCUGCAGCGCCUCACAGAAGACCAGGAAAAAGCAGGGGCGGAUCAGGAGUGGUACAGGAUGAUGCUGUUCAGAGUGCGCAGUGGGAUGAUGGCACCGCCAAAUCCAGGCGAUCCCAUGGUGGGCCCGCCCAUGCCUGCGAUGGACCAGCCUCCGAACCCGGUGGAAGGGGCGACCUAAUAGCUGUCCUGCAUGCGCGCUGUGUGUUGGUUGUUGAUCUUGUCACUACACGGCAGUUCUCCCCUUGAUACUCAUUGUUAUUUCCUUGCGUAUGUUGCCCUUUGGUCAUGCUCGGGUUCUUUGUCCUUGGACUAGUGGUGCGACGGUAUUGGUAGUGUCGGAUGGUCAUAGUAGCCACUCUUGUAAUCAAACAUCCUGCUCGUCGAAAGUCGUCAUAAUCUGCUGCCAGAA